GUCGCGUGGUGCUAUGAAUUUCAAGAAAAAUGCUGGAAAAUUGUUAAUUACGAAUAGCGGGAAACUAUCGAAAUCUGAAAAGUGGCAGCCAUUUUGGAUACCGGCGUCUAGUUCGAGACGCAUGAAAUUUCGGCUCCGUGUUUUAAGAGUGAAAAAGUGGCAAAAGUAUGAAAAUAAUGUAUUCAGUGUGCUGAAAACACUCGUCAUAGUGAAAUCUCUAUGUGCAAUGGACACCCUUGUUAGCUGUUUGAUUCGGUACCAACGACGAAAUUAUUGUUAUCACGAGCCAUCUUCACCUUUUCAUCGCAGUAGAAGCAAAACAACACGCAGUAACUGGUGGCUGAUAGAAGACAACGAAAUGUGA